AUGUUUGACGAAUUUCUGGAUGAACUAAGAAAUCCUGUUAUGCUUGUUUAUAUGUCAAUGCUCUUAACGUGGUGUGUAACGAGUAGCACACAGUUGGGGGACUCAGUUGAAUUAGAAUUCAAAGCUUAUCGUCUGCAGCAAUACGAUAUCUCCGGCAACCCACAUGGUAGUCGCUCUUGGAGGGUUAUGUAUGAAGCAGUAUCAUUAGAUGGGAAUAUUCUAAGACGUUGUUUGAUUGUAAAUUGGCACGAUUUAUUGGGUCGCGAUGUACAAAGUUUGUUGAAUCAAGUUCUUGGUGCUGUAUUAAUUGUAGUACCAGAUAACCUGGAUACAUUAACACCCUCAGCAAGAUCCAAGUUGGCUUCGUUAGAGACAAAUUUGAUGUUUUUGAAAACUGAUGCUGCAGUAUAUGUUGUACAACAAGAACCAAGGUUGCAAAGUAUUUUUGCGGAAGUUACAGCAUUUUCAAAAAGAUCUCCAACUGCUGUACAACAACUGGUGAAUGCAAUUAGUGCGAAUAUCUUCCAGUUUUCAUCAUUGGCAUCUAUUUCCAGUAAUAUUAUUACACCGAAAUUAACUAAUGUUGUGGGAUAUCUUUGGUCUACUGAUCGAAACGUACCUACAGUAGUUUUGGUGGCACAUUAUGAUAGUCAUGCUGUUGUUCCAGCGCUGGCUAUUGGUGCUGAUUCAAAUGGAAGUGGUGUAGCAGCGUUACUUGAGUUGCUCUCUAUCUUUUCGCGCUUUUAUUCUUCUAAUACGAUGAAACCCAAAUAUAAUAUGAUCUUUUUGCUCACUGGUGGUGGAAAAUUCAACUAUCAAGGUAGUCGGCAUUGGCUCGAGGAACAUAUUGAAAAAAACAAUGAAAUGAUUAUUGAGCUUGUUAUUUGUCUUGAUUCUGUGGGUAAAAGAAACGGCAUUAUGGCUCAUGUUUCGAAGAUACCUAUUGAGACAUCUCCAGUUGGUCGCUUUUUUUCACUUCUUAAAGGCACAGUGCCUCCUAAUCGAACAGUAGAAAUGGUCUCAAAGAAAAUCAAUUUAAAUGCUGAUAUGCUUGCGUGGGAGCAUGAAAAGUUUUCAAUGCGACGUUUAUCCGCUCUCACGUUGUCACAUUAUAAAUCACACACUGAACCUGGUCGGGUUUCAUUAUUGGAUACUCUAGCUGGAGUCGAAAUAGAUGUUCUUGAGGCGAAUGUACGAGCAAUCGGCGAAGCACUGCUAGCAUAUGUAUUGAAUUUGCCAAAUACAAAUUGCUUGCGAGAAGAAAAUAUUUUUACCUGUUCAAUUAUGUCAUCGAAAGAUGUUAACAAACAACGUUUGUCUUACUGGUUGAGACAAUUUGGUAGCAAACCUCGGCCCUCAGCUGGAAACAAUGAUGCAAUUGUAGCUAAUCUUAGAGAUACUGUAUCACGAUACACUUCUGGUCAAGUAACUGUCGAAAAUUUUUCUUUGGUGGACAUAUCACUCUAUGGCGUGCUUGAAGAUUAUUUAACAGCGCAUCGAGCAAAACCAGCUAUUUUUGAACUUUUGCUGGCAACUGUUAUAGGAACUUAUUUAUCAGCGUUAUAUUUUGUAGCACCACUGUUGCAAACCACUGUUGAAGCAACAUUAAUCAAAUUGAAAAAGUUAUGA